GUAGCGAGUAAUCGUUAGUGAACUUCAGAAUUAAACGUGGAAGAUGAACAAUCAGAAUUAUAACUACGGAAACUAUUCUCAAAUGCCACCGAAUCAGCCAACCUUCAAUCAGCAACCAAUUUACAGCCAACAACAACAACAACAGUAUUUUAAUCCUCAAUUUGCAAACAACCCAAUGGUCGCAAGUUGGUCGUAUCCUCAAGCGCAACAAUUUCCUGUUCCAGAUUACAGCAACCCAGUAGGUGUUUAUAACGUCCCACCGCCCCCACCACAGGAAAAUCAACCAUCGACGUUUACACCAAAUCAGAAUCAAAAUCAAAACAGGAAUAAUAAACAGAAACAAAUUCCUAAUAAUCAAUCAAACCGUGGUCGAAAUAAACAAAAUUGGACUCGAGGUAGAGGUGGAGGAGGGCGAGGUGGUGGCUCGUUUGGAUCUGGUACUCAAAGGGAAAUUCAACAGAAUCAAGGAAAUUUUAAGCCAACAAAUAACCGAAACAAUCGAAAUCAGAAUCAAGGAAGAAAUAACUUCGCUCAAAAGAAUUUAAAUUCAACAACUGAGUCACCUACAAAGCCGGCAAAUGUCUGUCAACCUGUUGCACCUUCAGAAACAGCAACAUCACAAGAAGAAAUUGAUUUUGAUGAGCAAUUUAAGAAGUGGGAAGAAGAAUUUGAUAAAUGGAAGCAUGCCAAUGUCAAUCAUCCAGACAAAAACGCAUACAGACAAUAUGAACAGCAAUUCGAAGCAGUUCGACAGAAGCUCUUAAAGAGACGACAAGAAAUGCAAAAGAAAAAAAUGGAUGAAAAAGCAUCAGCAAUCAAAACAGCUGAACAACUUAAAUUUGAGUCCCAAUGGCAGGCUGGACCUUCGCAAGAUAAAAACAAAAAUCCUUUAAAACCACUAGGAGAAUCAACAAUCGUCACAUCAUCUGCUUCAUCAACGCAAAUUCCUAUAAAUCAAUUCAAGUUGGUAAAUCCAAUUCCAAAUUCAAGCAACGACUAUUCGCAAGAUGACUUUAUUGACGAAAGUUUCGAAGAUAGUCAUUCAAAUGCCAUGUCAACUAAGAAUUUCGGUAAUUUAGGAAAGGGAAAUAUUCCAGGAUUAGAUUUAGUUUCACUGGUUCCAGCAAGAAGCUCGACAACAAAUAAUCAAGAAGUCAGAGAUUCAGAAAUGAUCUGUGACGAUGAUGAACAAGAAGAAGAGCAUUACGAACCCCCAAAAGUUUCACCACCAUUGCCGGUAUUCAAAUCAACUCCUAAUCGAUUCGUGAUUAAUAUCAAUGAAUUUCUUGAGACUCCUGGAAGAUCUAAACGACCUGAAAAAUUUGUGGUUUUUAUUAGAGGUGCACCGGGAUCGGGUAAAAGUUAUUUAGCAAAUCUCAUACAAGAGAAGGAAGUGAAGAUGGGAAACAAUUUCUGCACAGUACUAAGCAUUAACAAAUACAUAAUUAGUCGUUUUGAAAGCUCAAAAAUUGACACUUUUCAAGAAGAACUUAUUAGAGAGUUUCGCAAGAAGAUCAAUGAAAAUGUUUUUAAGUUCAUCAUUGUUGAGAUUGAAGGCGGAAAGCUCACAAUUUUCAAUAGAUUUAUGCAAAUUUUAAUGAGAGAUGGCAAUUUUAAAAGCUUCGUCAUAGAACUUAAUCAACCAUUUGAUGUUUGCAAGAGAAAUGCAGAACGACCUGAAGACACUUACAACGAUGAUCCUGAAGAUGAUGACUUUGACAACGAUCCACAAAUGUCAGCAACAUAUUUAGAUCAGAUGCUUAAACUGCUGAAACGAACAAUCAAAGAAGGUCAAUUUAGAUUCAUCAUUGUUGAUGCUGAGAAUGUUGAUAACGAUGUUUACAAUAACUUUUUAUGGGAGGGAAAAGUUGGAAAGUUCACAACUUAUACAAUUGAACUUCAUCAGACUUUGGAUAUUUGUCUUCUUCAAAAUAGAAAUAAACGUUCCGAAAGUGACAUUAAAAUGGCAAUUGAGAAAUUGAAUUCAAAUAGAAUUCAAAACGAUAAGAAGCUGUUGAUAGCAACAGCACUUUAUGAUGAAUACAAAUGCAUGAUUAAUCCUGAUGUCACUAAGUGCGACGAAGAUAAAGUUGAAGUCAUUAAUAUUGAUGAUGAUGAGUCGAUGAGUGAAGAAACAAAAAAAGAUUUUAUUGACAUUCGUGAGAUAUUGGAAGAGCCUGGACGAACUAAUGGCUUCACAGGAUAUGCUGUAGAGUUGAAUCAAGAUGAUGAUAUUUGCCAUCAAUUCAACGACCAUCGAAGAGAUGAAAAGGAAGUUCUAUCAGAGAUUUCGAUUAUGAAGUCAAAUCCGACGCCUGAUGAUCAGAUAUUGUUAGAUCCUGAAUAUUUGUAUCAUGAAUAUCAAUACAACUUGAAUGAUGAUUUUUCAAAUCUUCUCGAUGUCGGUGAUGAUGAUGACGACAUGGAAAAUGAUGAUGAACAAAUUUUAUUCGGGCCACUUAAAAAGACAACGAUGAAGAGUAAAUGGGACGACGAUGAUAAACCAGACAUCACGAUGGAACGUUUAGAUGGAACGAGAAAAAAAAGUCUUCAAUCAAUGGCAGAAUAUCUACAAACAGAUGAUGAAUGGACAAUGCGACCUUCGACUGCUGGUAAGAAACGAGUUCGAUGGGCUGAUAUUGAGGAGAAAAAAGCGCAAGAAAGAAUGCGGGACAUUGGAUUCAUUGUUGGGCAAACAGAUUGGAAUCGAAUGACUGAUACAUCCGACGGUAAAAGUGCUCUGGAAAAAACUAAAUAUAUUGAAUCACGAAAGAAGUAA